AUGGCAGAUGUAAGGCCAUAUAUCUUUCCAUUAGACUUCGUUUACAAAUGCAACAUAAAAGCUUCAUCGCUUCUUAUAUCCUCAAAGAGAGAGAAAGAAAUAACCAAUGAAGAUGCUGCUGUUUUUCAACCGUUCACAGCACACAUUUUCUCAUCCAUUUGUUCGUACAAUGUACGCGAUGAAUUGACUCAUGUCUAG